UUUUAUUAUGGUUUGAUAUUGAUGUAGGAAAAAUUUAAAAAAAUAAUUUUAGUGCUGGUUGGGGAAUUAAGAACCAAAAAUGAACACAGGAAAAAUAGUAGAAGUGUUGUGUCCAAAUGGAAGACGUCAAAAAGUUAAAGUAAAUCCAUCAAUGACAAUUUUGCAAGUUCUGCAAACAGUGUGUGAGAAACAAGGCUAUGAUCAUGCUGAGUAUGACUUAAAACAUUUGCAAAAAGUACUGAAUGUAACAUCAAUGAUGAGGUUUUUGAAUCUUGCUAACAAUGCCAAGCUUGAGAUGAUCAAAUGUAUCAAAACAAGGCCAGCUUCUAGUGUAACUGUAGCUUUGCAGUUAGAAGAUGGUUCUCGUCUUCAACAUCAAUUUAAUCCAAAUACUACUCUAUGGAAUCUCUUAAAUCACUUUCAACAAAAAAGCAAGAAUGAUACCACCAAAGAAGAAGCAGUGUGUGUAUAUAUGGGAAAUGAGUACAAAGGCGCUCAAACAAUGGAAUCUACUACUUUAAAAUCUAUGGGUAUCUCUGGUGGUAGGGCAGCUAUCAGACUUUUUUACCGUAAAAUUGAAGAGACAGAAGUAAAUUUAUCCGUAAAAGCAAAACAGACAAGCAGUUCGCUAACGGAUGAUAUAAAAUUCACUUCUGACAUAGCAGAACCUAAUGAAAAAAAGAUCAAACUGGAAGUCGUUUCUAGUGUUAAAUCGGAUGAGAGGGAGUUAUCAAGUUCAUCUACAUUGCAACAAGCAGCAUUGGGUCCUCCACCACGGAGUAUAUUUCCUGAAAAUGAGACAGUGCCUGACAGAUCAAGUAUAUUUCCAGCAAAUACAGCUGAACCAGUUGAACCUAAGAGUGCAGCAGUUAAAAACGAGUUUGCUGACUUUCAGUUUCCAGAAACCUCCAACGGUAACAUGGAGGAAGAAGAUCCAGCAAUUGAUCCAAAAUUAAUGCGAACAGAAGUAAAACUUUCAAUGCCGUGUGAAAGGAGAGCUAUCUUGUACAGUAUAAAUUCAUCUGAUUUGACAACAAGUUCAACAGAAGAACUAGACGACAAUUUUUUUGAGGUGACGAUAGAUGACUUAAGAAAACGUUUAACUGAUUUAAAAUCUGACAAUAAAGCGAAGGAGGAAGCUAUGUUGUUAACAAAGACAAGUCGACAACGUCUAGAAUUAGAAAAACUCGCCAACUUUCAAAAGAUUCCAAUCCGAUUUCAGUUUCCGGAUAAAACGGUGUUGCAAGCAUUUUUUCGUCCGUUGGAAACAGUUAAAAGCGUAGAUGAAUUCCUUUUGGAAUAUUUAUCGGAUGAAAUUAGAGUUUAUGAAAUAUUCACUACCCCUCCAAAAUUCAUUCUAAACGAUCGCCAGCAGACUUUACAUAAGGCCAAACUUUUCCCGGCUGCACUAAUACAUGUAUCAACAAAAAAUAAAUUCAAAAAAUACGUUAAAGACAAAUAUAUGGACGACUUAAAAACAUACGAGGAAGCAGAGGCUAUUUUAAAACAUGAUCUUGAAAGAAGUCACGGUACACAAAAGAAAACCAACCAUGUAAACAACAUAGCAACGACCACCCCCGCUACAACUGCUAGUGCCGUAACAUCAAAAACCUCCGGUGCCAAAAAAAGGAAUGUGCCCAAAUGGUUUAAAACAGGAAGGUAGCAUGAUGAUCGUGAUAUGUUGUUCAAUGUUACUAAGAAUAUUGGUUCAUCAAAGCAGAUUCAAGAACGCACUCCUUCAAAGACCUAAAGAAGUUGAAUACAGGAUUUCGUUGCGCCUUCAAAGUGUGCUCGGUUGAUUGAAAAUAAAGUUUCUUGAAUUUCCUAUUCGGACGAUGCGGGAUCUUUUGGAUAAUUAAAAUUAUGAAGAUCAGUUUAAAAAACUUCACUUUCCCAAUACAUUUGUUAUUUAUCUUGUGGUUAACUUUUUGCUCUGGAAACUCGGAUAUUGAAUUUACGGAUCGGAUAAAUUUUCUUCUAAAAAUUUUUAUAUAUUAUAUUUAUUUAAUAGUGUA